AUGACUGGUAGUACCAUAUACGACGCAGAAAUAGAUAUAAAACCUUGUACUAGACUUGAUGGAAAACCAAGGCUUGAUUCAUUUUUUAACAAAGAUGGGUUGUUAUUACGAUCAUACGGAUGGUUAGUAAAGAACGCCAUAGGCAUUAUAAUUUUAAUUCAUGGUUUAGGUUCACAUGCAAGAUUGACCUUUUUAAGACAUAACGUUGAAAUUGUAAAUAACAAUAAAGCCAUAUUAAAAGAUGGGAAAAAUUUUUACGUUUAUGAAGAUAGCUGGGUAGAAUAUUUUAAUAAAAAGGGCUAUUCAGUAUAUGCAUUGGAUUUACAAGGUCACGGUUUAUCAGAUGGAUAUGAGAAGCGCAAUUAUCAUGUAAAUAAGUUUGACGAUUUCGCCUAUGAUGUAAUGCAGUAUAUUGCUAGAAUUCAAGAUUCGUUGCCUUGUGGUGAUAGUAAGGAUGAUGCAACUUCUGAUGGAAAUGUUGACCAAGGAAUUAAUAAGAAAAGACUUCCAACAUACAUUAUGGGUAUAUCCAUGGGCGGAAAUAUUGCAUUAAGGAUAUUGCAAUUAUUGGGAAAGUCCCAGAGCGAUGCAAAUAAAAUGUUAAAUAUAAAAGGGUGUGUCUCAUUAUCAAGUAUGAUUUCUGUUGAAUUAUUAACAUCCCCAGGAUCAUAUACGUAUCAGUUGUUUUUUUUACCCUUGUCGAACAUUAUUUCUGAUUUUUUUAAAAACUCAAGACUUAUUUCGGUGUUGCCUUAUCAAAGGUAUCCGUAUAUGAAUGACAUUUUAAUGUUUGAUAAAAUACGCUUCAAAGGAGGGAUAACCUAUCAAUUUGGUCGCGAACUCCUAAAUGCAAUGGCGAACUUAGACAAAGACAUAGGAUAUACUCUUACGAAUAUUCCUAUUUUGUUUAUACAUUCAAAAGAUGACCCAUUUUGUUAUUGGAGAGGCGUUGUAUCAUUUUAUAAUAGACUAAAAGUACGCUAUAAAGAAUUGCGUCUUCUGGAAAACAUGGAACAUGUAUUAACUGGGGAACCAGGAAAUAUGAAAGUUUUAAACAGUGUUUUGGACUGGCUUGCUAGCAUAUCCAAAGGCUUAAUAAAAGACAAGCCGAACCAUGAUCAACAAUGA